GACUCGCACUUGACCGGUCUUAUUCAUUAAUCUAUCUGAAUAACAUGAAAUAAUCCUUAUUAUUAAAAUGUAGGUAAACAUUAACAUAAUAAAACAUUAGGAAUGAAAAUUAAUUGUGAGUAUCCUAAAACUUUUUCGACAUGAUAGGCAACCUACAACAGACACGAUACGGUGUGUAUAUAUACUGCAAAUUUAUUUCGAUACAAUCAGUUAUCUCUGAACUGUCAAAGAUGAUCGCCACACUUCUACCGAUCACGCUAUUUUUAAUAGCGUAUUCUUUAUACCUCUUUACCAGAAGAAAAUUCUCAUAUUGGGAGAAGAAAAAUAUUCCGCAUCUACCACCAACAACGAUCUUUGGUAACUAUUCAAGUUUUAUGUUGCUGAAGGAAAACUUGGGAGAAAGUACCAGAAAAUUAUGUGCGAAAUUCCCAAAUGCACCGCUCAUCGGCGCUUACUAUGGAACGGAACCUUCUCUCAUCGUCCAGGACCCGGAGCUGAUCAAACUGAUUACCACAAAAGACUUCCACAUCUUCAAUGGCCGUGAAGUUUCAGAACACACUCACAAGGAAAUGUUAACACGCAACCUCUUCUUUACUUAUGGCGACAGGUGGAAGGCUCUGCGACAAAAUCUUUCUCCUAUUUUCUCCUCUUCCAAGAUGAAAAGUAUGUUCUCCUUGAUCGGAAAAUGUUCCUUUGUAUUUGAAGACAUGCUGGACCGAGAAAUUGGGAGCUCGAGCGUUAUCGAUGUGAGGACAAUACUGGCUCGUUUUACAAUGGAUUGUAUUUGUACCUGCGCAUUUGGAGUGGACGCACAAACUAUGGUGAAAACGGAAAACAACGUUUUCAAACACAUGGGCGACGUCAUCAUGGAUGCUUCAUCGACUGCUGCAUUGAAAAAUAUUUUCAGAGCUAUUUGGCCCUCGAUUUUCUACGGUUCAGGAUUUCGAGUAUUUUCGAAAGAUAUUGAUAAUUUCUUCAGUAAAUUGUUAACCAAUAUUUUUGAAACUCGAAAUUAUCAGCCUUCAAACCGAAAUGAUUUCAUCGAUUUCAUGCUGAAGAUGAAGAAAAAUAAUUUAGUUGGAGACAGUUUGAAGAACUCGAACCCAGAGACAGUAUCCAAAGUAACUGUAGAGAUAGACGAUGAGUUUUUGGUAGCCAAUUGUGUCCUUUUCUUCGUCGCAGGCUAUGAUACGUCAUCGACUGAAUUAUCAUUUACAUUGUUUGAAUUAGCAAAGAACCCUGAAAAGCAAGCUAAGGUAAUCGAAGAAGUAGAUGCCUACUUGCGUCGUCACGAUAACAAGUUGGAGUAUGAAUGCGUUGCGGAAGUCCCGUACCUAGAAGCAUGUGUGGACGAAGCGAUGCGCCUGUACCCGGUACUGGGUGUGGUAAGCCGCGAGGCUCAGGAGAACUACAUGUUUCCUUCGGGACUGACAAUAGAGAAGGGCAUGCGUGUACAUAUACCGCUAUAUCGUCUACACACCAACCCUGAUUUCUUCCCCGACCCACUGGAAUACCGACCGGAGCGGUUUUACGGCGAAGAGAAGCGCAACAUCAAGCCCUACACGUAUAUGCCAUUCGGUGAAGGUCCCAGGACUUGUUUAGGAAUGAGAUUCGCUAGAAUGCAGAUGGCGGCUGGGCUCAUAACGAUUUUUAAGAAAUAUAGAGUGGAAUUAGCACCGGGUAUGAAAACACAUCUAGACUUCAAUCCAACAUCAUUGAUCACAGCGUCAACUAAAGAUAUCAGACUGAAGUUCAUUGAACGGGAAGGAUGGCAAACUAGGCUCUUAGCAAAGUAAAUAAAAUACUUGAAUAGAUAUAGUAAUGGAAUGUUCGAUACUAAGUGAGCAUUUCGUUUUUAUUUUAGUUUACUAUUUACAUGUUUUACUUUGAUGUUUAUAAAAGCACGUUUUGCAGUAGCAGUGAAUAAAUUUGUGGCUUUGGAUACUACCUAAAUAUUCUACGAAAUUGCAAUUAGUUAAAUUAAUUGGCCCGAGCAAAGGUAAACAAGUGCUCUCGCAAGCUGCGAAGUUUUAGUUGAACAUUUAGAUAGGAGUCUUGAGCAGCAUUCAGGGCCCCGAUUCUGCUAUUUUACAAUGGCCGAUGAAUGAAUAGCAAUUGGAUUAAAUGUGAAAUGAUUCCUAUUCUCUUAAGCAUUUUGCCAAUACAAUAAUUGGAAGUUUACUCGGGUGUACCGUCCGGUAUUGAAUAAUUUAUAACUAUUGUGCAGCAAAAGCUUUAAGAGAAUACGAAAUUGUCAUUUUAAUCCAAAUUUCAUUUAUUCAUCGGCUAUUGUAAAUAGCAGAAUUAGGGCCCAGAUGUAUGGUAGGGUGCAACUUACGACUCUACAAUCUAGGUGUAAUAGAUUUUUGCUACUUAUGUGUUAUUUAGAAUUACGUUUUUUCAUGGAAAUAAACAGAUUUAAUUUUU